CAACAAGCACUAUAAAUUCAACAAGACUUCCAUGGAGUUCAUCAACCCUUGCCUGCUGUUUCUAUAACAAUAUCUCCAGAUUCAAGAGAUGGUUAAAAUGUCUUUGAUGAUUUCAGCAGUUGCUGCCUUUAUUCUUUUACUAACUAUGGUUCCACUUUCAGAAGCAGCAUUAAGUGCUAAUUAUUAUGAUCAAAUGUGUCCACAGGCAGAGAAUAUUAUUUACCAAACUGUUUGUAAUGCCUCUAUCUACGACCCUAAAGUCCCAGCCCGCCUUCUUAGGAUGUUCUUCCAUGACUGUUUCAUAAGGGGAUGUGAUGCGUCUCUGCUGCUUGACUCGACUCCGGAAAACAAGGCAGAAAAAGAUGGACCUCCAAAUAUAUCAGUUCGAUCAUUUUAUGUAAUUGAUGAUGCCAAAACAAAGCUCGAAAAGGCAUGCCCAAAUACAGUUUCUUGUGCUGAUGUGAUAGCAAUUGCUGCAAGAGACGUUGUAGCAAUGUCUCAAGGUCCAUGGUGGAAUGUACUUAAAGGAAGGAAAGAUGGGCGAGUGUCAAUAGCUAAUGAAACUAGAAACUUGCCAUCUCCAUUUUCCAAUACCACGACACUCAUUCAGAGUUUCGCUAAAAGAGGAUUAAGCAUCAAAGAUUUGGUUGCACUUUCGGGUGGACACACUCUAGGGUUUUCACAUUGUUCUUCUUUUAGUGCCCGGCUACACAACUUUAGUGCCGAGCACUUCUCUGAUCCCAGCAUUAACAGUGAAUUUGCUAUAAACCUAAAGAAGAAAUGCCCCAUACCAAACAAGGACCACAAUGCAGGAGAGUUCUUAGAUUCGACUUCUUCAACAUUUGAUAAUGACUAUUACAAAAGAAUUGUAAUGGGUAAGGGUGUCUUUGGGUCGGACCAAGCUCUGUUCGAAGAUUAUAGGACAAGAUGGAUUGUGGAUUCAUUUGCCAAAGACGAGAAGCUGUUCUUCAGAGAAUUUGCAGCUUCAAUGGUCAAACUUGGAAAUGUAGGUGUCAUAGAAGAUGGCGAAAUUAGAGUGAAAUGUAGUAUCGUGAAUUGAGGUGUGAGGAGGGAGGGAAAGAUUUAACAUUUUUACAAUUCUUAUAUCAUAAUUUGUUGUUUGACUCGAUUAUAUUUAAUAAAAUAAAUAAAUGUUGAGCUAUUGGCAUCUUCUGAUGUGUUAAACAUUGAUGCAUAAAAGCAAUUCAUGAUU